UUGUUCUGUAAUGUGUGUGGAUGUCACUCCAGCUCUCACUGAGAGUUAUAUAAUCCCCAGAUGGUACCUGCUUGGUAAAAAGUUUACCACUCUUUCCUUUUUUCUGCUUUAGACAUGGUCGUGCCGUCGAUUGCAUUGUGGAGCGAGAAGACAUGUUAAUAACUGGAGGCCACCACCCUUACCUUGGAAAGUACAAAGCUGGCUUCAUGAAUGUUGGCAGAAUGUUGGCCCUGGAUAUGGAGUAUUAUAGCAAUGGAGGUGCCUCCCUGGAUGAAUUAUUAUUUGCACGGCUGAUCAGUGAGUCCUGGAUCACUGAAGUUGCAGCCAGCUGUGGUUUGGCUCCUGAGAAGGUCCGAAUGAUGAACAUGUACAGGAAAUUGAUCAAACAAGAGAUUAAUGCCAAGGCCCUGAUUCAGUGUUGGAAAGAAUGUAUGUCUGUGUCUUCCUUCUCUCUGAGGAAAGCAGCCAUGGAAAAAUUCAAUUCAGAGACUUAUUGGAAGAAAAAAGGGCUGGCUGUGGUCCUGAAGUUUCCUGUCAGCUUUGGCUCAGUCGCUGCUGGUCAGGCUGCUGCCCUGGUUCCUAUUUACCUGGAUGGGUCUGUGCUGAUGACUCAUAGUGGAAUCAAAAUGGCGGGGGUCCACACUAAAAUGAUUCAGGCACGAGUUGCUUUUGAUGAAAGCGGUAGUCUUGCAGUUGCUGAAUACUUCAGGAGGCCUCCGUUUCUCACUGGCUGUUGCCCAGAAGUUUCCAUUCCUUACUACAUGGACCUCUCUAUAGGACAUCUCAGUGUCCAUAGGACAUGCAUGCUGCCUCCCACCCCCAGAGGGACUGGUGCAAAGGAAAAAAGAGAGUAUGAGCAAAACAUCCAAACAGACAUUGGCAUGGAUGUUGGCUUCAGUAUAAAUCCACCCCUUGACAUAGGCCAGCAUCUCUUGGAAACAGAAAAUUUGCCAGGACUGGAGCUGCAUGUGCCUAAGGAAAAGCAGUUGGCUGCCUUUUUAGAGAAUCAUGCACUCUGUGAUUCUAGGACUCAGGACUCAACUGGAAGCUUCACUCACUUUCUUUACCAGUGGGCAAUUCAGCUUAUUACUACCUCCAGUUCAGAACAUAAUUUGAGGAGGAUGGCUAUAAUCAAAAUGAUGGAUAAUAGUGUUGACAAGGAUGUGGAGAAGUUGGAACCUUUAACCAUUGCUGGGAAGAAUGAAGAUGGUGCAGCCACUGGAAGAAAAAUUGGCAGUUCUUCAAAAAGUUAA